AUGCUUGUGCAAAGGAAACAAUUAAAAGCCAUUGUUAAGGACUUAAACGGAGAUUAUUUUGGAAUAUUAGUUGAUAAGUCGGAGGGUGCUUGUGAUGAGGAAGAAAUGACAAUUGUUUUACGCUAUGUUGCCAAAAAGGGUAUUGUGAUGGAACGUUUCAUUGGUAUUAUCAAUGUCACUGAUAAAUCUGCACAAUCAUUGAAAGAAACAAUAGAUUCUUUGCUUAUGAGUUACUCACUAAGUCCAUCCAAUAUACGUGGACAAGGUUAUAAUGGAGAUACUAACAUGGAGAGAGAGAUCAAUAAUGAUCUUAAGACUCUGAUUUUACAAGAUAACCAGUCUUCACAUUGCACUCAUUGCUUUGCCCAACCACUACAUUUGACACUUGUAGCUGCUGCUGUUGCUAAAAGGGAAUGUGGUGUUGAUCGAUUCUUUGGUAUACUCACCUUUGUGUUGAAGGUUAUAGGAGUUUCUUUUGAGAGCCAAGAUUUUUCACAAGAAAAUCAAUUUGGAAAUUUGGAAGAACUGCUUAAGUUUGGUAAAGUUCUGACUAAAGCUCUUGCUGCGCGACACUUUAAUCAGAAGUAUGAGCUCGAGAGAUCAGGUGAUGCUGCUUUGGAAUCUCAUUUCAAAACUUUACUUAGCUUCGUUACUAUAUUUUCAUCAGUUGUUCAUGUGUUAGAAGUUAUUGCAAGUGAUGGUUUCACUUCUGAGAGAAUAUGGGCAGAUGAUCUUGUUGAUGACCUACAAUCAUUUGAGUUUGUUUUUAUUCUACACAUGAUGUUGAAAGUACUGUCGAUCACAGAGGAAUUGGAUGUAGUUUUGCAAAGAAAAGAUCAAGAUAUUGUAAAUGCUUUGGAACUCGUUGGCACGGCAAAGAGACAAUUUGAAAUGAUGAGAGAUGGUGAAUGGGAACAUUUGAUGGAUGGUGUCUCUUCAUUCUGUGUCAAACAUGAUAUUUUGAUUCCUAAAAUGCAUGAUCUCUAUGUUUUUCCUGGAAGGGGGAAGCCUAAGGUAUCUACCGUCACAUAUUCACAUCACUAUCGUGUGGAUGUUUUUGAUGCUGUUAUUGAUUCACAAUUGAAGGAGCUUGACAAGUGUUUUGAUAAAGUGAAUCAUGACUUGCUUCUUGGUAUGGCUAGUUUGAGCCCAGUAAAUUCUUUUGCUAAUUAUGACAAGGACAAGAUAAUGAGAUUAGCUAACUAUUAUCCAAGUGAAUUUGGUGACAAACAAGCUUCAAGAACUCAGUUGCCAGCUUGA